UUUAUUUCUUUCGUUACUUCCCCCCUUAUUAAUUCCUCACUUAAACAAUUAUUAUUUUAUGAUUUUGUUUUAAAUAUAUUUUUUUUCGCCCGGGCAAUUGUUACAGGAAUGGGUGCACUAAUUUCACUUCUUCGUUCGGAAUACACCGGAAACAGAACCAGCAAAUUUCCAAUGAAGAAAACAAGAUCGACAGUAAGCAGCGAGAGUCGCAGCACCCGUUCACUCGACGGUAGUUUCAGCGAAAGUACAACGACAACAACAACAACAAUAACACGUGAGCGUUCAACCCGCGAGGUAAUAUUUCCAGAUUCCUUUGAAGUAUUGCCGCAGCCGCGGGAUCUGACCUACGUCGGGCUGCCCCACGAGCAGCAGCGUAAAUUCCGGUGCCGCUUCUGCGGCAAAGGCUACCGAUGGAAGAGCACAAUGCGUCGACACGAGACGGUAGAGUGCGGAGGCAAACCUCCGGCUUUUCAGUGUCCCGAGUGUCCCUACAAAGCUCGUCAGCGCGGUAACCUUACGGUCCAUUACAAACGUCACCACCAGAAGAUGCCCUACGACGAAGUUUCUCAGGGCUCGCGCGAUUAACUUUUGUAAUUUUAAUUACUAAAUUAUAAUAAUAAUAAUAAUUAUUAUCAUCAUCGGUCUUCAUAUCACUGUUACGUAAUUGAAAAAAAAAUUUUACAAAAAUUUAUCAAACUAAUUUAUGAAGAUAUUCCAUAUAUUUUUUAUACUCUCUAAUAAUUAAGUAAAAUAAUUAUUAAAAAAAAAAAAAAAUAAAAUUAGUUUGAUAAAUUUUUUGUUCUCUAUAUAUUUUAAAAAAUUUUUUACUGGAAUAUUUUUAAAAAUAAUUAUAAAUACCGUACCGUCCACAAAAAAAUAGAUUUUUAUCUGGGUUUGAAGCAUCGUAGAAAAUUUUACGGUAUCUACAACAACCGUUAUUCGGUAAAAAUCGCUUCACUUAACACACACUCACACACCUACCUCAUUUAAAUUUCUAUAUAUUUAUAUUCAUAUAUUUUUUGUUAUUUUUAUUUAUUAUUUUGAACUAAUAAAUGAAAAUAUAUAAAUAUAAGUAUAAAUAAACGAACAAAAAUGUUUAAAAUUUUUUGAAUAUUUGAAUGCUGAUUUUGCGCGCGCAGAAAUACUCAAACCGGAAAAUAAUCUAUCAAUAUCUGCUUUAAGUAUUUAUAAUUAUUUUAAAUAAAAAUCAAGUAACAGUGAGUGGAUUUAUUUUUUUUACGGCCUUUUUACCCGAGCCUUAGGACAAUUUAUUGGGUAUGUAAAAAAAAUAUUAUAUAUAAAUAUAUAGUAUAUAUUUCUAUCGUUUAAAUAUUUGUAAACGGGUGCUUCGAUUUUUUUUUACUUAAAAAAAAAUUUUAAAUGUAACAAAAUUAAAAUUUGGAUUACAAGUUUUUAGUCCAGUAUCUUACUAACGUUAUAUUUUCAAAUCGCGUUCCCGCGUUUUAUUAAUUAAGUGAUUAAAGUUGGGUAGAUAAUUUGAAAGCGGCCUUAUAAUUAUAAAUAAAUGUAAGUAUGAGUGUGAGAAAAAUUAAAAGAGCAUUUUCUGGAAAAUUUAUUAUAGAUAUAUAUUAUUAUUUAUAUGUAUUCUUAUAAAUAAUUUGAAAAUUUACUUUUAUGACAGAGAAUAUUUUUGUGUAAUUGUUGUGCGAUGAAUAGACACUAAUUGUUAUUACUAUUAAUAUAAAUAAGUAUGAUAAUAAACGGACGUCAAAUUGAAAUAACAUUGAAGACGUCAGUAUUUUUUAUAUCAGUAUUUAUAGCGAAUUAGUCGCCAUUUACUAUUGUGCCUGCAACGAAAAUUAGUUGGGAUUUUUUUUCCGUUCAUUUAAAUAGUAAUAUUAAUUAUCAUUAUAUACAGACGUAACUGAUUUUAUUUAAUCAACUUGAGGCUCACAAAAGUGCUCUUUUCAAAUAAAUUUUUUUACCCGUUUUUAAAGAAUUCAACUUUUUUUUUUUUUUUUUUUUUUGUAAAUGAUAUUAUACGAGAUUUAUUGUUAAUUUACGAGAUUUAAAUUUGUCUGGUGAGAUUAUUAUUAUUUACGCGAAUGAAAAAUUAUAGAAAGGUUUUUUGAGUUUUAGAACUUUUGAAAAUUUUGAUUUUUUAAAUUGAAGAUAGCGAGACCUCUGGUAAGGCUCGUUUUGAUAAAAUAUAUGAGUUGUAUGCAGAAAUUGGGUUACCUUUUAAGAAUAUCGUAACUUUGAAAUCUCGCGGCAAUUUUCAAAUUUAAAAAAAAAAUCUACGAUCUUUAAUAAAGCAACAGAAUUUUUUAUUGGAAAAAUUAAAUGCACCUCUGCUGCAUAUUUUAAAAAAUAAAAUUUUUACUUGGGAUCAUAUUAACAUUUUUCUUAAUUACCAAAUGAUAAAAUGGGUUAUGAUUAUUUAAAAAAAAAAAAAGUAUACGAAAAAAUACGAUUUUGGGAAAUCAUAUUUGAAUUAUUUUUAUUGGCAUAAAGAAUAUUAAACAAAUUAUUAUAUGAUGAAAAUAAAAAAAAAUUAGUUACUUCGUAAGGUUUAUAAAUAUGUAUCUUAUAUAUUUUAUUGAGUAUGACAUUUUAAUUAAAUUUUCCGUCUUUAGUUUUUAAUUUCAUAGUAUGGAA